UUCUCCUCUUCUCCACUGCCCACUGGUAGCAGCAACACCACCGCCGCCACUCCCACACUCCAUAGCGAAACACCAAAGCUCAUCUCCUCCUCUUCUCCAUUAGGCAUGCAUGGAGCUCGCGACGGCGGCUCUCAGCAGCCUGCUCCCCAAGCUGGGCAGCCUCCUCGUCGAUGCAUACAAUCUGCAGAAGGGGGUGAGGAGCGACAUCAGGUUCCUCAAGGAUGAAAUGGAGAGGAUGCAGGCUGCCCUCAGCGACUUGUCCAAGCUGCCGGCAGAUCACAUCAGCGACGUGGACAAGCUAUGGGCGAGGGAUUUGAAGGAGCUCUCCUACGAUAUAGAGGACAGCAUCGAUGCUUUCACUGUGCGCGUCCAGGCCGGUGCCCAGCCACCCAGUUUGAAGGGCUUUAGAAAGUUCGUUCACAAGAUCGGCUUGGUGAAAAAGAUCACGACUCGUCACCGGAUCGCCAUGGACAUGAGUGAAAUCAAGAGCCGCAUCAAUGAGGUGGCUGAGAGGCGAGCGAGAUACAACUUACCAGGUGUUGCAGGGCAGCCUGAUGCAACAACCAUAGAUCCUCGCUUGACAGCUCUCUACGAGCACGUGGAGAGACUCGUCGGCAUCGAUGGGCCAUCGGAGGAGCUCAUCAGCUUGCUAAUGAAAUCAUCACAUGGUGUGCGAAGUCAGGAGCUGAUGGUAGUCUCUAUUGUUGGCGUGGGUGGCCUUGGCAAAACGACGCUUGCCAAUUCAGUGUAUGAAAGGCUCAAAGAGAAGUUCGAUUGCCAUGCUUUUGUGUCGGUCUCCCUGAAGCCUGACAUAAAGAAGGUUUUCGGAAGCUUGCUGCGGAAACUUACCAGACAAGAAGCUGGGGAAAGGGAUCUCGAUGAACUCAUCAGUGAAAUCAAUAUAUUCCUCAGGAGUAGAAGGUACUUGAUUGUAAUUGAUGAUUUAUGGGAUAAUGAAGCGUGGGAAUUCAUCAAAUGUGGUCUAAUUGACAACAAUCAUGGUAGCAGAGUCAUUGUGACAACUCGUAAUGUUGAUGUGGCUAAUUUUUCUUCUAUUGGCGGCAGUACAUAUCAACUAGAUCCGCUCCGUGAUAAGGACUCCAAAAUGCUGUUUCAUAAAAGGAUAUUUAGGGAAGAGGAAGAAAUUCCUUCUGAACUGGAGGAGGUAACAAACAAAAUUUUGACAAAGUGUGGUGGUGUACCAUUAGCUAUCAUUACCAUUGCCAGUAUGUUGGCUAGUAUACCACACAGAACAAAGAGGGAAUGGGACAGUGUAUACAACUCUAUGGGCUCUGGACUUGAGAAAGACAAGAGUCUCAAGAACAUGCGACAGAUAUUAUAUCUUAGCUAUGAUGAUCUGCCUUCCUAUCUAAAGCCUUGUUUAUUGUAUCUAAGUAUGUUUCCUGAGGACUUCGAGGUUCCAAGGAACGACUUGGUAAGGCUUUGGGUAGCAGAAGGUUUUGUUGAUGAAAGUGAGGGGAGCAAUUUGUAUGAUCUUGGAAAUAGGUAUUUCUGUGAGCUUAUUAAUAGAAGCAUGAUACAGCCAGUGGACAGGAAUCAAGAAGGUACUACAGAUGCUUGUCGUGUGCACGAUAUUAUACUGGAUCUCAUACUUAUUAUCUCAGGUCAAGAAAAUUUUGUCACUAUGUCAGAAGAUCGGCAGCUCAAAUCUUCAGUAUGCAAGAUUCGAAGAUUAUCGCUGCAAGGAAGCAAGGUAGAUAGGGAUGAAGAUAGCAAGGAAGAACAAAUGAUACAGCCAGUAACGGUGGACGUCUCCCAUGUGAGGUCACUCGCUGUAUUUGGGGAUGGUUAUCAGUGGAUGCCACCUCUAUCAAGGUUUUCUACUAUCCGUAUAUUGAAGUUGGGAGAUUUUCCUUGCAAGAAUAAUCAAGUGAAGGAUCUAGGGAGUCUGCAUCACUUGAGAUAUCUGGAAAUAGCUAGUAGGAGUGAAAUAGAGCAUCUAGAAGGAAUUGGAAACUUACAGCUUCUGAGGACAUUGGAUUUGUCGAAGACAUACUACAAUGAACUGCCAGCGAGUAUCGUUCAGCUAAAACAACUUGAAUGUCUGAGGAUUCAUAGAGGAAUGAGAAUUCCUGAUGGGAUUGGGAAUCUAACUUCCCUGCAACAGCUGUCAACUUUUAAUGUGGCAAGCUCACCAAACACUCUGGCUGAGCUAGGAAAUCUCACUGAACUACGUGUGCUGCGCAUGUGGGAAUUGGAUACAGAUGAGAGUUAUACACCGACUUUUCUCAAGAGUUUGUCCAAUUUGCAAAAUAUUCAAUACUUAGCCUGGAACUCAAAUGGGGGAUGCUACCCUGAUUUCGAUUGCGUCUCUGAUCAAUGGAGGGUUCCUGUGUGUAUCAGAAGAAUUGUUGGACAUUCAACGAUCUGUCAGGUGCCACGGUGGUUUUCCUAUCUCUCAGACUUGUCGUAUUUAACCAUAAGGAUCGGCAGGCUAAGACAGGAUGAUCUGCAACUGCUUGGAGCGUUACCCGUGCUGCGCAAUCUUACGCUAAUUGUGCCUUAUUAUGGUAUCGUCGAUCAACCGUUGGCGAUUGAUCAGCCCUUCCUUGCUCUAUCAGAGUUUGUUUUUCGGCUCACUACAAGGUGUUAUUUGCUGGUGUUUACUCCAGGAGUAAUGCCAAAGCUUCAAAGGCUUGAGUUGCCCUGUAGAGCUCCAGGUGAUGGGUUCCAUAUUGGCUUGGAGCACCUCACUUCCCUUGAACAUGCCACUGUCAGAUUGUCCGUCGCUUUCGGCCGGGAGAAGGAUGGGGAGGAUACAGAAAUCAAGAUCAGGAAUGCAAUUGGUAUACAUCCAAACAAUCCAAAACUUAACUGGCGAGAUCUUUGAGGGCUGAUUGAAAGGAUACGGAUGGUGGUCAUGAGUUGGUUUCCAAUGAAAGUUAAGCCUCAUCGUAGCUUUACUACAUCCCAGCCAUCAGUUUAUUCUUUUACGGCAAAUUUCAUUAGCUUUUCCAGUUCUGUUUUUGGACUGCGCUCAGACGCAUUUUCCUUCAUACUCUUGUUCUCUAGCACCCAUCACUUCUUUAUUCUUCUGAAAAAGAAAAUGUCCACCACUGUUACGCUCCACAAAUAGUUCUUCCCUUGCUUUUGCUGAACCGAAAAAAAAACUCUCUUUUGCUUGAAAUCCCAUUCUAAGCAAUAAAAACCCUCGCCUGUUGUGCUAAACAAAAGGCUUCUUUGCUAUGCUUCGAAACAAAAUCCAUCCUUGCUAUCGUUCAUCAAACCAAAAAACCUCCUUUUUGUGCCUCUGCCAUUAUCUAUUAAAAAUAAAGGAAUAUCUCUUCAUGUUGGUUGCAUUUUUCAUCUGAUCAUCCCACAGU